UUCAUCCAUCCAUCUAAUACUAAUAAUCAUACAAUUCCCAUUCACAUUCACACACACUCAGCCCUCUGUCUCUCUGUUUUAUGUUUCACUGCUUUACAUGCUUCCUUCCAUUUACCCACUAAUACACCUUUUUCUUUAUUUCCACUGUUGUACGCACACACUCUCACUCUCCACACCCAAACCAAAUCUCUGUUAAUCAUCAUAUUGUCUCUCAUCAGUUUUUAAUAAUUGCAUCAUUCUCAAAAAAGCUAUCCCACUUGAAAAAGUAGCAAAAAACUAAAGACCAUCAUCCCAUCCAUCCAUUUCACAACUAAAAGACAAUUAAAUCAAUAAAAAGCAAAAGCCAAAGCCCAAAGCCGCUUCUCAGUUUAUUUCUCUUGUAAGAAAUCUGUGAAGGACUAGUUUGAGUGGCAUGGUGUUGAAAGGAGGGAGGAGUGGAGCUGAAGCUUAAAUCAAAAGGCAAAGGCAAAGAGCAAGAGAGUUGCAGCAAUUGGAGAGAAACAAGAGUUAGAAUGGUGUGGGAGCAGUCUGUCCCUUCUCCCAACUUCUCUACCUCUUUUGCCAACCGUAUAUUCUCGGAUGUUGCUGGGGACAUCACCAUUGUUGUUGAUGGAGAAUCCUUUCUAUUACAUAAGUUCCCCUUGGUGGCUCGAAGUGGUAAGAUCCGUAAGCUGGUUGCGGAUACCAAAAAUGCAAGUCUGUCAAAGCUGGAACUCCCCAACUUUCCAGGAGGGCCGGAAGCAUUUGAACUGGCAGCAAAAUUUUGUUAUGGCUUGAAUUUUGAGAUCACAACAACAAAUGUUGCCCCCUUGCGAUGCGCUGCAGAGUACCUGGAAAUGACUGAAGAUUGUCGAGAAGAAAACCUCGUAGAACGAACACAAACCUACCUAACUCAAGUUGUAUGUCAAAGUCUGGAUAAAUCAGUUGAGGUUCUGUCUGCCUGUGAGAGUUUACUUCCUCUUGCCGAUGAAAUUGGAAUUCCCGAUACAUGCAUUAGUGCUAUUGCCAGGAAUGCUUGUAGGGAGCAGCUGGUAUCUGGUCUAUCUCGAUUAGAUUGUAAUAGUGGAUCCUUAGAACUUAGAGACAGGUGUCUUGAGUGGUGGGUCGAAGAUCUUUCGGUUUUGGGAAUUGAAUUUUAUCAUAGAGUUAUUAGUGCCAUGGGACAGAGUGGUGUUCGGACAGACAGCAUAGUUGCAUCUUUGAUGCAUUAUGCGCAGACAUCACUAAAGGGUAUAGGGAAGCCCCAGAUAUGGAAUCCCGCAAGAGCAAAUCCUAGCAUAGGAGAAAAUGGCCAGAAGGCGAUCGUUGAGUCUCUGGUAACUCUAUUCCCUACAGAGAAAAGCUCGUCUAUUCCGUUGAAUUUUUUGUUUGGGAUGACGAGGGUAGCUAUUAUGGUGGAUGCUACUUUGGCAUGUAGGCUUGAGCUUGAGAGGAGGAUUGCUUAUAGAUUAGAAAUGGCAUUACUGGAUGAUCUGCUUAUACCAUCACUCCAAACAGGUUAUUCCUUGUUCGACGUUGACACCAUCCAUCGGAUUCUGGUACAUUUCCUGCAACGGAUCGAAGAAGAAGAAGAGAAUGAAGAAUGUGGAUAUGAAUCAGAAGGCAUGGGGUCUCCGAGCCAUGGAUCCUUGUUGAAAGUUGGAAGGCUUGUUGAUGCUUACUUAGCUGAAAUUGCUCCUGACCCUUAUUUAAGCCUUCCAAAGUUCAUUGCCAUGAUUGAGGUACUACCUGAUUAUGCUCGUGUCAUUGAUGAUGGACUCUACAGGGCUAUUGACAUUUACUUGAAGGCCCAUCCAAUGUUGAGCGAACACGAAUGCAAGAAGCUGUGCAAGUAUAUAGACUGUCAAAAACUCUCUCAAGAAGCUUGCAACCAUGCUGCUCAAAAUGAUAGACUCCCAGUCCACUUGGUGGUUCGAGUUCUGUAUUUCGAGCAGCUUCGGUUGAAGAAUGCAUUGUCUGGGAGUUGUGGAGACGGAUUAUUAUCGCAAAAAAUGAGCAGCGGGGUUCCUAGUGCUGCUAUGUCGCCUCGAGAUACUUAUGCUUCUCUGAGAAGGGAGAAUCGGGAACUGAAGCUGGAGAUAUCAAGAAUGCGAGUAAGGCUGAGUGAUCUGGAAAAAGAGCAGGUGGUGAUGAAACAGGGGAUGAUGAAUAAGUCUGGUGGGGGGAAGACAUUGUUAACAUCCAUAUCUAGAGGGUUUGGAAGAAUGGGUAUAUUCAAAGGGCAAGAGGGAUCGGGGUCGGGGAAGAAGCUCCAAGCAAAAGAAGGGAAGAGUGGGAGAAGCAAGAGGUAUUCUGUAUCUUAGACUUGUGAAAUGUAAUGUUUGU